AUGAUGUGCGAGCGGUCCAGUCUGGAGACAUGCCAGCACCCGCCCUGAGACAUCAGCAUCACAAGCGCGCCUCCCCCUCCAAACCUUCUUUGACAUGUACCCAUCGUUAAAGGCUUCGCCUCUGGCUCUUUCUUUUUUUGACGAGGCAAACUCGAAGCCGCACAUCGUGCAUUCUGCUCGCACGCCGUGAGGGUCAAACCGCAGCGGGAGCGAGAGGACAAACUGCCUGCUGGCUUUUUGUGGAGAUCCCGCGCUGUCGACGCGAGAGGAGGCGACGCAAAGUAUCUGGAUCGUUAGACGCCGUCGCUCUGCCGGUGAUUUUCCACCGGCGUCGCUCGGUUGGGUUGUUGGCUGUGGAUGCGGUGAUAUCGCGCACCUGUGGAUGCGUCACGCAGCCCCCUGAUGUUCGGACUCGGAGCUCAGACAGAAUCCAGUUGAUAAGUCGCAGCUCCAUCCACCAGCCGGCGUCAUGCCGUUCAUUAUUUCCGUCUUGAUGAUGGCUCUUCUCAGCAUCAGCGGUUGCGGGUCGUCGUACGUUCCGUGCGAGCUGUGCGACUCCAAGGCCCGCGCCAUGUGCCCGCCGGUGCCGGCGAGCUGCAAGGUGGUCGUCAAGGAACCGGGCUGCGGCUGCUGCCUGACCUGCGCCCUGGACGAAGGACAGUCGUGCGGCGUGUACACGGGGCCGUGCACGCGUGGACUGCGGUGCCUGCCCAAGAACGGGGAGGAGAAGCCGCUACACGCGCUGCUGCACGGCCGCGGCGUGUGUCGGAACGAGAAGUUGUACAAACUGCUGCAUCCCUCCAAGGAUGUGGGGCCACACGUCCUGCUGCCAGGCCCAGAAUCCAUGAUGCCCCAAACCAAAGUGCCCUUAUACGGACGAGACCACAUCAGUAGUCGGAAGGCUCAGGCAAUGAAGCAGGCCAAAGACCGCAAGAAACAGCUGGCCAGACUGGGACCCAGCAGCAACCUGGACUUCCCCCUGCACACGCUGGACAAGCUGGAGCCCGAGUUUGGCCCCUGCAGGAGGAGACUGGAUAAUCUGAUUCAGAGCAUGAAGGACACCUCUCGAGUCCUGGCUCUCUCUCUGUACAUUCCCAACUGUGACAAGAAAGGCUUCUUCAAGCGCAAACAGUGUAAGCCAUCUCGCGGUCGCCGAAGGGGCAUCUGUUGGUGUGUGGACCGAUUUGGAGUGAAGGUCCCUGGAAUCAACUAUGCUAGUGGCGAUCUUCAGUGCAAAGAUCUGGACAGCAAUAGCAACAACAAUGAAUGAUAACAAUGUUGGAAUUGAAAAUGUGUCGGAUACUAGCACCUCACUUGUAAGUUCAUGCCUCGUCAAAACAUCAGUUAAGAACAUAUAUAUAUACAUACAUAUAUAGAUGACAAGGCAUAAUUAAAAUGUGACUUCCUAUCAUUGUAUAUUCUGACUCAUCAACACUGCCACUGUUUAUGGUUUCUGUGGCUUUUUCAAGAUUCCCAUCAGGAGGAUGUCCUCACUAGAUGGGGAAAAAAAGAGCAUGUGUCUGUUUUGUCAGCACAAUUUAUUUUCUUUGUGUUUAAAGUCAGGAAGCUUUGCGCAACAAUACGGAACUUAACAUCACUUAUUAAGCAGUGAAACCUGUUUUAAAAAAUGGUAUUUCCUCAGGAUUCUUGUAUGUACGACAUCAACACGUGGGAUCUCAGUUAUCGUGGUGCCCACUUUGCCACUGUGGUGUUUUUAUAGUCUGCAUACCUGAUAUUGCAGUUCAGAUGGAGGUAGCGUACCCACAUCAGAGCACGAGUUUCCAUGUGUUUGCUCUGAACAGGAUCGUUGAAGGUCAGCGAAAAGGACCAAACUGUAAAAUCAACUCAAGGCAUUUGGCUUUCAUGUCAGUGUAAAUGUGCUGUUGCAUCAUAUCUGGUUGAAUCUGUGUGCAUCUUGAAGUGUCAAAAACAAACCUCUGGUGAUAUUUGUACAUGUGAGUAGCCCAUUUUCCUUGGCACACAAAUUGUAUGCAAAGUCUCCCCGGUGCUGCCCCUGUUCUGAGCAUGUUCGGUCGUCACUGCCACCACAGGCAAAUGUUGACCUUUGGGGUUGCAGUGAGUGUCCAGCCUUCUGCGAAGAGCAAGGUUGCUGGUUGAGUUUGUAUGUAAAUUCAAGUGCCUUUUGCUCCACGACACUUUGAAUUCUCAUUUGCAUGUGGUUCUUUUUUGUCUCAUCGGCUGAAAUUGCGGAGGAUAACAUUAUUGUCCAGAAGAAAAGUUUCAACAUUCCUACCUAUGUGUGUAUGUAUCUUGGUCAAAUGACACAUUUCAUUCUGGCGCCUUUAGAAAAAAGAAUUAUGAUGAUGUGAAAAAUAUGUGAGAAAUAUUUAUCAGAUGUGUAAUCUGUUUUUGUAUUGAUAAAUCACUAUUUAAAUAAAGCUGAACUCA